CGCAUAGCCUCAGUUGAUGUCGUUGCGUGUUGGCUGAUAGCGUAAAAGACACAACCGUCGCCUCUAAAUUCAAGAAAAAAGAAAAAACGAGACCACAAAACUUAAAUUAAAAUAAUCUGUGAAAAUCAGCAAUAAAGUAACAAAAAGUCAAACUUAACGGUAUUCAAAACAAAUAGAUUGUGUUGAGUGCGGCAAUAGAAAAAGUUGAUCAGCCCAAAGGUCACAAAUCAAUAUAAAUUCGCGCUGUUAAAGCCAACAGCCUUGCAAUUGUGAGCAUGUCAUCCGCCAGCCAGGUCAAAAAGCAAAGGCAAACGGCCAAAAUAAACGCGCUGUGUGCUAUUUACGAGUGUGAAUUGCAUUAGGAUUUGUUUGGCCCACUUUGUGUGCUGAAUCGAUUUCUGCUCACGUAUCUUAUGCAAACACCUGCGCACCGCACCGACUGCACCAACUGCGACAAUUCAACUAGCCCGCAGGACAGUGUUAAUCAAUAAAAGCCUGCGCAAGUGCUAAAGCCCGCUUCUUCCGUUUUAACUGCGAUGUCGUAAUACUCAGGAAGUUAUGCAGUUGCCGAGCUGUAAACUUGAGCGCUUCUAUGCCGAGACAGGCUAAGUCCUUCCACUCAGAGUCGUAAUCGUAUCGAAUCAGCCAGAAUAAAAAAGCGAACCCCUCCAUCACAAUGUGGACUAAAGAAAACGCAGCCAGACAGUGGCUGCUGGCCCUGACAGUUAUUUUGGCAUUGGCAAAAUUCGGUACAGCUGAUAAUUGUUUUCCAACCAUAUUUGGAUUUCUGACUUUUGUAUGGAUUCCAUCAGCCUCAGCCGAAUGUCAAACGCGUUCGAUCUACUGCUACGAGUGCGACUCCUGGACGGAUGCGCGCUGCAAGGACCCCUUCAACUAUACGGCCCUGCCCCGCGAUCAGCCGCCCCUGAUGACCUGCAAUGGCUGCUGUGUGAAAAUGGUGCGACAUCAGAGAUCACCCUACGAGGUGGUGCGACGCAUGUGUACGUCACAGUUACAAAUCAAUUUAUUCAUGGUCGAUCACGUGUGCAUGAUGGAAAGUUCAGGCAAUGGACAUAUGUGCUUUUGUGAGGAAGAUAUGUGCAAUUCUAGUAAAAGUUUAUACUCAUUCGCAAACGGUUAUCAACAUCUCAUGCUCAUCACAAUGCCAUGGCUAAUACUGCUAGCAAAGUUUGUGCCCAGAUAGAUUGACAACUAAACUCAGAUUGCAGGGCAUUCGUUAAACCCAGAGAAGCGUUAUAAAGUACAUAUUGUUACAUCUAGACACGAGACAUACUCUAUAGAUAUCAUGCCCAACACACACACACACACACACUCACAUUUACACAUUAGUUGAAAUUGAUUUGUAGCCAAGUUCUGAUUAGUUAACUUUCGCAUUUCAAACAAUGUAAAUGAUGUUGAUUUUCGUUCUGCAAGCACAGUUAUUAUCGACUUAUUAAUAUUCAACGAGUAGAUCGAAAGUUUUGACUGCACACACACACACACACACACACACACGUUUAAAAGACGCCCCCAAAAGGGGCCCCAAUGAAUUGCCGAUGCAUAAAAGACUUCUACAUGAAGAAGUGAUGCAUACGACUCUCUUACUUAAUACAUAUACUAUUUACUAUAUUACCACAGUCCAAUGAAUCAAAAUGCGAGCUUGUUGCACUUGCCCGAAAGCAUAAUUACAUUAAUAACUGGUACUUGGUACUUGGUACUUGGUACUUGGUACCUGUUUCUUGGUACUUGGAAUGUUUGGUACUCGAGAUCCAUCAAUGAUAUGAACUACUAUUUGAAAUGCAUGUUGUUAAUGCUAAAGCAUGUAGCGCUUAAGUAGGUACUCGUAUCUGUAGUUACAUUUCUUCAAAUUUUGUUACUUACAUUUAUAGAGUCCCAAUGAAAUGAGUCACACAUUUAUCAUACAUAUGUACCAUAAGUAAGCUUAGUAAUAGAACUCAUACUGAGCUACAUACCUAAGCAAAUGUAAAAAUUUCGUUUUGUAUAUAUCAGAGUGCCCAAUUUUGAAUCGGAACUAAUGGAAAUUGAAAUUGAAAUCGAAAUCGAAAAGAAAAAGGAAAGAUAAAGUAUUGUGCAAUGGUCAAGUCUGAAGUAUGCUUGUCAAUUGCCGCAUUAACUCAAAUGAAAUUUGCUCAUCAUGUUUAUUCCAAAGUCAAGAACUCCAUAUGCAUAACGUUACUUUACUCUAACUCUAUCUAAUCUCUAAUCACUAAGCUAAGAUCUAUGUCCAAUCAUAUCACAAAUACUCUUUCUCCAGGAGUACCUAGACAACACACACCAAUUUAAGUUGAAUAUCCAGGUCCAGUAGUCGCUUAGCUCCUGUAUAAAGACUCCUAUUGAUUUCAAUCUCUUUGGUUUGUUAUUCAAAAAGUGAUAAUUAGCCAGUAAGUAGCCCCAAGGAACGCCCUGUAUACAACAGCUCGAACUAUUCGAAGUCUAAAACAAGUUGUUGCUAAAAUUUCAAUUGGAACUUUGAAGACAGGGCUGUGUGUACAGGGUGUCGCGCAGUCGGGCAGCCCGACUCUGCUGCCCUGCUCUUUUUGUUAUUCAUGCUAGUGAUAGUUUUAAAAGAAUAUCUCAAAUCAUUUAUGUACUUAUACAUAGUUAAAUGUAGCUUAUGAUUUAUUUUUCUUUACACAUAAUUAUAUUUAUGACAACUUGAAUUUGUAUUCUAGGCAUAACAAAAACAAAAAAUAAAAUAAUUUCAAAUUUUCAUUUAUGUAAUUGAAAAUUGGCUUAUCAGAAAUAAACAUUUUUACCUUACAUACAUACCUAUGUAUAUACCUAUGUACAUGCUGCAUAUGUAUGUGUAUGUGUAUGUAUUUGCUAUACUCAUUUUGAAAUUUACUUCAACUCUCAACUUUGCCUUAUUUCACAUCACCUAGAUCAACUUUCUCAACUGCACCCAACAUUUGUAAUAUACUUUUAGAGCUGGCUUUAGUUACUAAACUGCUAUACUAAUUAUUCUUGUAACAAAAAAAAAAAAAACAAACAACAUCAGGACAUGCUUGAAAGCUUAAACAUCAUCUCAUCUCCGUCCAAGCGUGGAGCAUGCUCUUUACAAUAUAGCCUAGCCAUACGCCCCCCCUGUCUCCCUAAGGUAAGUCCUCUCUCUCAUUUCGCGAUCGACUGUCGUUGUUGGUCCUGCAAGGACUCGAGUUCCGGUCCAAGCGGGCAGCCCAUUCUCGGCCCUGCGAGUUUUGGAUACCAAAUUCAUCAGACACUUGGAAAGCCUUUGGUUUUUGUAUAGUUCAGUUUUUCUUCGUUUAUCUAUUUAUUUUUUCUGGUAUGUUGGUUUCUUUGACUAUAAUAUACAUAUAAUAUAUACAUAUAAAACAGCAUAUAUAUUUUAACAAAAUUUCGGUUUGUGAAUGUGAACAAUAUUCUUAUAACCAGUAUUUGAUUGAAAGUUAAUGCGUUUCAAAGUUUUUAACAAAUUAACGAACUAAAUUUAUUUGCAACAAUUACAAGAAAUGCGAUCAUCAUACACAAAUUUGUAGUGCAAAAUGAAAAAUAUAAUAUCAUUUUAGUUUAGUACUUUUUGUAGUUAAACAUCUCUCUGAAUCUAUUCCUCUCUCGUUCUCACACACACACACUCUCUCUCUCUCGCUCUCUGUCUAUAUAUAUAUAUUUAUCUUUAUCUAUAUACAUACUCUGAUUAGCUCAAUUCUCGAAACUUUCUUUUCUUAAACAAUCUUUUUACUAAUCUAAACUUCACAAACAUAGAACUCUAAUUAGACACCUGCGUAGUUUAGUUAAAGCAACAACACAACAAAUCACGUUCCAAAUGAGAUAUGCACUCGUUACUGGGCUUGGGAUUGGGAUUGGAAACGGAUUAGGAAUGAAUGUAAAUAUACUCAUUCAAAGUUGGCCAGCACGAAGGGGCCAACCAAUGUAUAUAUCCGCAUUAGACCUGGUCGAAACUUUAGCCGGCAAUUGUCUAGAUAUAGCGAAAGUUCGAUCCGUUUCAAGUGCAUAUCGAAUCAGUUAAUAAUUGAGAAAAAUUACAGUCGACUACAUUCUGACAACAAACUGAUCUAGAAGCACAAUGCAGUCUAGUGUUAGCCAAAAUCCAAGCAGUUCUCAUAAAGCUAUCGUAAAUUUGUACUAUGCUAGGCGCGUUUUUAAUUCAAUCUUAAUUAUUAUCGUGCCAUAUUAAAGGCCGCAAAUAGUCCCGUUUUUUUUUUUUAUUUUUUUUUUGGCAUUUAUGAUCCAUAAAUUCCUCACAAUACAAAAAGCACUAAAUUAAUAUCAAAGACUCUACCAAUAUGGCAGUUGCCAUUUUAAGAAUAUUGGUAUUGGUUGUUGAAUAUUGUAAAAGAAAAACCAACAAAAACGAACUUGAGAAAAACCAACAUUUCCUUAAAGGUAUACUUUUUGUUUCCUAAGUUCAGUUCAUUCACAAAUCCUGAGACGAGCCCGAGCCGCUUUCUUUCCAAUCAUCGGUUUUUCCAUAUAUUUAUUUAUUUACUUUUUUUGUUUCGUUUUCGAUAAGCACAUUCAUAUGUACAUAUGUAUGAACAUGCAUACAUUCAUACAUCCAUUCGUACAAACAUACAUACACAUGUCGGCAGACUGCAGUACAAACUUAAUGAUGUGUCUGCAUAUAUAUACAUAUGCUCAUGCAUGUACUGGUCGAAGGCCUGCGCUCAGUUCUCCAUUUUGCUCAAUUCAUAAGCACUCAGUCGCUUGUGUCUCUCGCUCCCUCUCUCUCUCUCUCUCUCCCUUUAGCUGGCAGUGUGUAACAGCUGCACAGGCGUGACAGUGUGCGGGAUUGUUUUUUUGUCGGCUUGGAUAGGCGAAAAAGCUUUCUCACGCAGCUGCUGCUUGUCGUCCUCUAAUCGUGCUUUCGCUCUCCCACUUGGGAGACGCGCUUCUCCAUUACAACUACCGUUAAACGCUAUGGUGCUUUUUCACAUACGCCACCACUGUCUGACUUAAAUUUUUUCAUCAUGUACGCCAUCGCAAACCAUGACAGUAGCCGCAAUGGCGCGACAGCUGCUCCACAAUCGCCACACUUGCGCACAUGCCUGCACACAUACAUACGUGCGUUUAAAUACAUGCAUAUGUAUGUUGCGAUUGUGGACAAUCUGCGCGCGCACAUCUGCAAGCAACUGCCUUCCGUCGGCUUAGCCCUGUGCCUGUGUGUGUGUGUCUGCUGGCGUCAUGCCAGUGCGAGCCCAGCGCACUCUGCCACAGGGCCAGCCACCUUUGUAUGUAAAAUAUGUGUACGUCCUUGCGACGUAGUCAAAACAUCAUCAUCAUCAGCAGCAGCAGCAGCAGCAGCAACGGCAGCAGCAGCAUCAUCAGAUUGGGCAUCGACAACAAGAAGAAUGGCAGAAUCAGCUGUGGAGCCAGUGCUGCCCAUCAACAAAACAACAACAAACGAGGACGAGCUUUAAGGCUUUUAACUGCUUUUAAGGGGCUAUUUGAACACCAAAAAAGCUUUUUAUUUGUUAAAGCAAUCAAGUCUUAAAUAUAAAUACGCUUUACUUUUCAUUUGAUUUGUUUUGCUCAAGUCUUUAAACUUUUGCAAAUUUGCGAUACUCCUUGUUAAGAUCUUAACUUAUGUAAGUGUUGAACAUUAUAAAUGUAAUACAUAUAAUUAAUCAAAAAACCGAAAAAAAAAACAAAGCAGCUUUUAAAAUAAUAAUAAUUAUCCAGACUCAGCCCAAAAUUACAUUAUUGUAUAAGAGUUUCUCAAGGCAUAAAUUCAAUUUAUUAAACGGUUACUUUAGAAGUACCAUGCUGAUCAGAAAUCAGAGUUGUUUUUAUAUUUUGUUUUUUACAUAUUAUGUUAUGUUAUUAUUAAAGUACCUUAACAGCGAUUAAAAGCAACUUAAGAAAGACGGUUGCGGCAAACUUGACGAAAUAUUUAUUACAUUUUACAAAUAAAGCGCAAAUCAUGUGA